AUGGAAAAAGGAAACAUCCCCUCCAUCAAGUCGCUCCUCGUCCUCGACUCAGACGGCAAGCGGAUCAUCUCGCGGUACUACAAGGGCGAGUUUGCGAGCCUGGCGGAGGAGACCGCGUUCGAGAAGAAGUUGAGCGACAAGACGAUCCGUACCAACGCAAAGAAUGAGGCAGAGAUCGUCAUGUUUGACAACAUGGUGACAGUGUACAGAAACUCUGCCGACGUGUGGUUCUACGUGAUCGGCCACCAUGCCGAGAACGAGCUGAUCCUCGUCGCGGCGCUGACGGCGCUCUACGACGCGCUGACCAGCGUGCUGCGCCAGGCGCCUGACAAGCGCGCGCUGAUGGACAACUUCGAUGUGCUGUUGUUGUGCAUCGACGAGCUGUGCGAUGGAGGGGUCAUCCUCGAGACGGACCCGACGACGAUCGUCAACCGCGCAGGGAUGAAGGGCUCUGACGGCGCCCCCACAGGGCCUGAGGCCGCCUUCACCGAGCAGUCCUUCAACAACAUGUUUGCGUCAGCCAGGGAGCAGCUCGCGCGCUCGCUGCUCAAGUAG